AUGGCGGAGGGACCACAGUCGAUAUGGCAGAAGAUCGACAACGCAGUCAUCCCCAUGGUGAACCUGGAGGUGCGGGAGGUACGGGAGAUACUGUGGGAGAAGAUCAAGGAGCCGACCUCGCAGAGGAAGAUCAUCCUGGUCAUCGUGUCCAUAGCGCUGUUACUGGACAACAUGCUGUACAUGGUGAUCGUCCCUAUCAUCCCCGACUACCUGAGGUACAUAGGCGCUUGGGGCGAGGCAGGGUACGACCAUGUAGUCACUCUGGCGCCCUACAAGGAAGGCAAUAAGACCAUCACCCCGACGAAAAUCAUCCCAGCAUCGCAUGAGGGACAGGAUUCAGCGACGGGCGUACUGUUCGCUUCGAAGGCUAUUGUACAACUCAUGAUUAACCCAUUCUCUGGUGCCUUAAUCGACCGCAUUGGGUAUGAUGUACCCAUGAUGAUCGGACUUAUCAUUAUGUUCCUCUCCACCUCGAUUUUCGCCUGCGGCCGGAGCUACAGCAUGCUGUUCUUUGCGAGAAGCUUACAAGGCGUCGGCUCUGCCUUCGCUGAUACAUCGGGACUUGCAAUGAUAGCGGAUAGAUUUACUGAAGAAAAUGAGAGAUCCAAAGCUCUUGGGAUUGCCCUGGCCUUCAUCAGCUUUGGUUGCUUAGUUGCUCCCCCAUUCGGAGGUGCUUUGUACCAAUUCGCAGGAAAAGAGGUUCCAUUUUUGAUCCUGGCUUUGAUAUCACUAAUGGAUGGAUUCAUGCUACUUUUGGUAAUGAAACCUUUAAAAACCCAGAUCAAGGAAGCUAGAGAGCCGAAACCCGUGAGUACUCCCAUCUGGAAGCUCCUGAUGGAUCCUUAUAUCGCAGUCUGCGCAGGCGCUCUGAUGAUGUCUAACGUAGCGCUGGCGUUCCUUGAGCCGACCAUAUCUCUCUGGAUGGAGGACAAUCUGACCAAAGAUAACUGGAAGAUCGGAAUGAUUUGGCUGCCGGCAUUCUUUCCCCACGUACUCGGUGUGAUCAUUACUGUCAAAAUGGCAAAGAAGUAUCCUCAGGCGCAGUGGUUGAUGGCAGCCGGUGGCCUCGCCUUGGAAGGCCUGUGUUGCUUUAUAAUACCAUUCGCCAAUUCUUACAAAAUGCUGAUGAUACCUAUCUGUGGCAUAUGCUUCGGUAUCGCCCUUAUUGACACAGCGUUGCUGCCUACCCUCGGCUACCUCGUGGACGUGCGGUAUUCAUCUGUAUACGGGAGCAUCUACGCCAUCGCCGAUAUAUCGUACUCUUUUGCGUACGCUGUGGGGCCCAUCAUUGCUGGUGAAGUAGUGGAAGCUAUCGGGUUCACUGCUUUGAACCUGUUCAUUGCCUUCAGCAACCUCUUGUACGCUCCAGUGCUCAUGUACCUCCGGCACAUCUACGACUUCAAACCAUUUGAGAAUGAGGCGAACAUCCUCAUGGCUGACCCGCCAGAUAAGGAGUAUCAAACCUACAGUUUGCAAGACCAGCGACCAGUAAAUGGAGAGUACAAAAACCACCUGGAAUACUCCAACGUGUCAGGGCAAGUGGCUGGGACAGAGGAGUCAAACGUAGACUCGGGCGCCGGGUAUAGCUAUGACCAGUCGUACCAAGGUGGGUAUCAGAACUACAGUCAGGGGUACGAGCAGCAGCAGCAGCAGCCGCAGCAGGGCUACCAGCAGGAGUACCAGGAGCAGUACAGUCAGCAGCGGCAGUUGCCGGCGCAGCCGCAGCCGCCUGCCAGCAACCCGUUCCGGGCGGGCACCGCGGCGGCCGCGCCUGCCUCCGCCCCGGCGCCUGCGCCACAGCCCACCAUCAAAAACCCCUUCAGGCAAGGCUUCUAA